AUGUCAUCGCAGAUCUAUCCGACCCCGUUGUACCGUCCUCCGUUGCCGUUCACCGCCGCCUCGCAUGCGACCCCCACUCGGAGCACGUCCCCGACCUUCGGUUCCUCGUCGUCCUCGCUGUCUACGCUCCCCAUGUCGCAGUUCAACACCCCAGGACAAUACGUACCCUACACAUCCAGUGCUGUACCCGGCACUCUGAGCCCGAUGUACACCAGCCCAACCAAUACACCGCUCUCGACGCCUCCGAUCGCCGCUUCUAGUCCCUCCGUUCGAUCAGGCCUCAAACGACCUCAUCAUCUCCACCACCAAGUCGACUCGGCUCCUCUCAAACCCAUCGACGAAACGACCGACGAGUCCGACGUCGAUGAGGACGAAGACGACGAUGACCAAGACGACGACCGAGUCGGGACCCUGCCUCGCCCCAACUCGAUGGGCGUGUUGCAUUCGUUCAGAUCGGCGCCACCGUCAGACGCGGCGAGUAGCAGAUCACGUCAUCCCAAGAAGAAACGGAGAAUCGUCGAGAGUUUUGCUGGGCUUUCUCUGGACCCGACUGCUGCUUCGGCAUCGCGAUCGGCGGCGGGCCUCGCUGCAGCGGCCCAGCCGGCCCAGCCUCCUACGACGGUCACGUGGAACGAGUCGGCGAGGGUUCAAGGGGAUGGUACACCAGGUAGGUUCACCCUUUGCUGACACACUCCCCCCAUCUUGAUGGAACGCUGACCCUAGAUCCUGCUUUUACCUCCCAGCUCUACCCCAAACCCCGAUCACAAACUUCGGCCAGCUGCCCAUGACUUCCCUACCGACUCCCGACAUUGAGGAUCUACCCAUGGGUACCGGCCCUUCCUCGUUCGAUCUCGACGAACAUCGUAUCUACGUCGCUUCGCUCGAUUCACCUCCACCUUCCCCUAACCUUUCCCCUCUAACCCACGAGACCGAGACCGAAGCCCACACCGAUUUGACGAACCUAACGAUCCCCACAACGAUGCUCAAACAUCUCCCACCACCCCUCCCACUCGACGUCAUCAAAUCCCUCGAAGCGGCCGACAAGGGUGCCGAGCGAGGAGCAGCGCAAGCUCUGGUUCUGUACCAACCCCUGAAGUGGACGCCUCAAGAGAGGGAACAACAAUUGGAAGAGUUUCGUCGCGAGCAGGCGAAGCAGGAGAGGUAUGAUGAUGCUGAUGGUGUGGAUCUCGAUUCAGUCGAGGGGGCGGAAGGGAAUGGGAUGGAGAUUGACUGA